AUGGCUUUAACAUUGAAGUCAUACAUUAGCUUCGCUCUUUGUAGCACGAUCCUCCUUCCAACUCCGGACCUCCUCGGUGGAGCGUUCCAGCAAGAUUUUGCCGUCGGCGUCGUAAAUCUUGGUGUCGGUGUUGGUGUUGGUAGCUGGCAACAGCAUCGACAGGUUAGCUCUAUUCGAAACAUAAUGUCUCACAAAACCCCAAAGUCAGAGACGAACAGGUCUGCCCGUGAUCGUAGGUCUGGGCAACCCGCCGUUGAAGUCAGGCCACAAAUUCGCGAUGCACGACUCCAGGGCGGCCAACAAGCGUCUGAUUUGUCACCCGGAAUCAUCGGUGCUUACCUUGCGCAAUUGUUGCCGUACCGGGCGCUCAGAGUCUCCGGCCCUGAUAUCAAUAUCAGCAGGGACCUCAAUAUCCCCAAAAUUCCACCACAUCGCCUGAUGUCGGCAACAGUCGGUUUCAUCCACGGUGGCAAAGCUGGAGAUGCCCCAAGUUCCCCAACAACUGCACAGCACCACCGCGGAGGUGCGUGA